AUGGAUGACAACGAUAGAGCAGUUUCACGUUUAUUCAGAACUUUUAAGACCGUGAAGGAGAUGGUUAGAGAUAGAGGAUAUUAUAUUUCUCAAGAAGAAAUCGAAAUGACACUUGACGAAUUCCGAGCCAAAAUCUGUGAUUCCAUGGGUAUUCCACAACGUAAAUUAAUGUGUUUUCAAGCCACUCCAACUGGAGAAUCACUUGAUAAAUUUCCAGAUUUAGGUUCACUUUGGGUUGAAUUUUGUGAUGAAGCCAGUGUUGGUAUUAAAACCAUGCGUAAUUUUUGUAUACAUAUUAGUGAAAAGAAUUUCAGUACUGGUAUUUUCAUUUAUCAAAAUCUGAUUACUCCAAGUGCUAAUAAAUUGAUUCCAACUGUCUCACCAGCAAGUAUUGAAACUUUCCAAGAAGGGGAUUUAAUUGUGAAUAUAACUCAUCAUGAAUUGGUUCCGAAACAUAUCAAAUUGAGUCGUGAUGAGAAGAAGGAAUUGUUGGAAAGAUAUAGAUUGAAGGAAUCUCAAUUACCUAGAAUUCAAAGAGAGGAUCCAGUGGCUCGUUAUUUGGGAUUGAAAAGAGGUGAAGUUGUGAAGAUUAUUAGAAGAUCGGAAACUUCUGGUAGAUAUGCUUCUUAUAGAAUUUGUUUGUAA